AUGUUUAAUACAUACCUAGCUUACGAGUGAACAUAAUUGUGCAUUGUUUAGUGGCAAAGGAGAGUCAAAACACGCCCCACAAUGACGCAGUAUUUACCUCCGAACCUGCUUGCUCUGUUCGCACCUCGCGACCCCAUUCCGUACCUUCCUCCUCCGGAUAAGCUGCCCCAUGAAAAGAAAUCACAGGGCUAUAUGGGAGUGGGAACUUUUCUGGACUGUUUCGAGGAUCCGAAGGAUACGCCACCGCCGACGCGUGUCGAAACGCGAGAAGAGCGUUUAGAACGGCGCCGAAGGGAACGGGCCGAACAGGUAGCAUACAAGCUCGAAAGAGAAAUAGCUACAUGGGAUCCGAACCAACUGCUGGAAGCGACAGAGGAUCCGUUUAAAACACUGUUUGUUGCUCGGAUUAACUAUGACACCUCGGAAUCGAAGCUUCGACGAGAGUUUGAAAUAUACGGUAAUAUAAAGAAGAUUAUUAUGAUCAACGACAAGGAAACGGGCAAACCGCGCGGAUACGCGUUUAUUGAGUAUGAACAUGAACGAGACAUGCACGCGGCCUACAAGCACGCGGACGGUAAGAAAAUAGACGGUAAGCGUGUGCUGGUGGACGUGGAACGGGCUCGUACAGUGAAGGGAUGGCUUCCGAGACGGUUAGGCGGUGGAUUGGGUGGUACGCGCCGCGGUGGACCAGACGUUAACAUCAAGCACUCCGGUCGGGAGGACAACGAACGCGAACGGGAACGGUAUCGGCUCGAGCGCGAACGAGAGGAUCGCGAUCGUCGGGAACGAGAUCGACCAGAGAAUCGGUUCGAUCGCCGAAGAUCUCGUUCUCGUGAUCGUGAUCGGCGCCAUCGUAGCCGGUCGAAGGAUAGGAGCAGGCGAAGACGUAGCCGUGAGCGCGAUGUGGAAGAACGCGGUGAGCGGUGGGAGAAGGAUCGUGAGCGGGAGCGUGAUCGAAGCCGUGAAAGGGAUAAGGAACGUAAGCGCAAACGUAGCAGGUCGCGUGAUCGCGAUCGGGCAGAGAAAAGCCGCCAUAAGCGUAGUGACCGCGAUCGUGGCGAUCGGGAUCGGGCGGAUCGGCCCGGUGGUUCUGGCAAUGGUGGAGGGGAUCGGAAGGAACGUAAGCCGGAAUUCCGUGAGGGAGAAAUCAAAAUCAAGGAGGAACCAAUUGAUGAUUAUCCCGAUUACAGUGCCCAAUACUCCCAGUACGAGUCGCAGGUUAAGUAUGAAGAUGGUGAAGAAGAGAAGUAUCGUCCGCACGAGCUCGAACCACUGCAUCUACGGGCGGAUAAUGGACGCGGCUAUGUUACUAAUAAUGGCGACGAUGACGAAGGGGACUAUGACGAUGGCCAGGGCUAUUAGACGCAGGUAG